AGCAGAUCGAGCUAUAGGGCUUUGGAGCGCUUCGCUUUGCACAGUUGAGUGAGCUGGUGAGGAACGAUACAGUACACUACWGUAGAAAAUAGUGGGGGAGACGAGAGUCAAUAACCACCUUAGACGCACACCUGCCAUCCUUAUCAAACCAUAACCUAUCGGCUGCCGUAUUAGGGUAUCUUUGAGUCGCCUGCAGCGCAGAAAGAGUACUCAUAUUUUGAGAAGAAUUUGGCUACAUACCGCGCAGGAGGAUCAUARCAAGCAAAGGAGCAGCCGUGAGAGAAGCACGAGAUACGGAGACAUGGCUGUGACAACCUGUACACGAUUCACGGAUGAAUUUCAGCUAUAUGAAGAGCUGGGAAAGGGAGCCUUUUCAGUGGUGCGCAGAUGUGUCAAGCUGUGUACUGGACAGGAAUAUGCCGCCAAAAUAAUCAACACCAAAAAGCUAUCUGCAAGAGAUCACCAGAAGCUAGAGAGAGAGGCCCGUAUUUGUCGCCUGCUCAAGCACUCCAACAUCGUACCAUGGCGACGGAAGGCUCAGGUUCCUGGGUCUGGCCUCGUUCGUCUUCAUGACAGUAUAUCAGAGGAAGGCUUCCACUAUCUCCUGUUUGACUUGGUGACUGGAGGGGAGCUGUUCGAGGACAUCGUAGCCAGAGAGUACUACAGUGAGGCUGAUGCCAGUCAUUGCAUCCAGCAGAUCCUGGAGGCGGUGCUACACUGCCAUCAAAUGGGCGUGGUGCACCGAGACCUGAAGCCAGAGAACCUGCUCCUGGCCAGCAAAUGCAAGAAUGCUGCCGUCAAGCUGGCUGACUUUGGCCUGGCCAUCGAGGUACAGGGGGAUCAGCAAGCCUGGUUUGGAUUUGCUGGCACACCGGGAUACCUGUCCCCUGAGGUUCUGAGAAAGGAGGCAUAUGGCAAACCUGUGGACAUCUGGGCCUGCGGGGUGAUUCUGUAUAUCCUGCUGGUGGGCUACCCUCCCUUCUGGGACGAGGACCAGCACAAACUGUACCAACAGAUUAAAGCCGGGGCAUACGAUUUUCCCUCCCCAGAGUGGGACACAGUCACUCCAGAGGCUAAGAACCUGAUUAACCAGAUGUUGACCAUCAACCCUGCCAAGAGGAUCACCGCCCAGGAGGCCCUCAAACACCCAUGGGUCUGCCAACGUUCUACAGUGGCAUCCAUGAUGCACAGACAGGAGACCGUGGAGUGCCUGAAGAAAUUCAACGCCAGGAGGAAACUCAAGGGGGCCGUUCUCACGGCAAUGCUGGUUUCACGGAACUUCUCUGUCGGCUGUCGCUCCACCGCUCCAAUCAGUAUCACUGCCGCUGCGGCAGCUGCAUCCGCGGCAGCGGGCUCCACCACUGGGCUGGUGGAACAAGCAGCCAAAAGUUUGCUCAACAAGAAGGCAGAUGUCAAGCCCCAGACACCACAGACAAACAGCACCAAAAACAGCAUAGUCACCAGCCCCAAAGGAAACGUCCCUACUCCUGUUCUGGAGCCUCAGACCACUGUUAUCCAUAAUCCAAUGGAUGGGACUAAGGAGUCAUCUGACAGCAGCAACACUGUGGAGGACGAAGAUGUCAAAGCACGCAAACAAGAGAUCAUCAAGAUCACUGAACAGCUGAUCGAGGCUGUCAACAAUGGAGACUUCGAGGCAUACGCUAAGAUCUGUGAUCCUGGUCUGACCUCCUUUGAACCUGAGGCCCUGGGCAACCUGGUGGAGGGAAUGGACUUCCACAGAUUCUACUUUGAGAACCUCCUGUCUAAGAACAGUAAGCCUAUCCACACCACAAUCCUGAAUCCCCACGUCCACCUGAUUGGAGAGGAUGCUGCCUGCAUCGCCUACAUCCGCCUCACUCAAUUCGUUGAUGGCCAGGGCCAUCCGCGCUCCAGCCAAUCAGAGGAGACUAGGGUGUGGCACCGCCGGGACUCCAAGUGGCAGAACGUUCACUUCCACUGCUCGGGUGCGCCUGCCGCGCCACUCCAGUGAGGAGUAGAAUGCCAUAGCCACAUCUAACACGAGUGCUCUGCUGGAGAGAGAGGGAGAGGGAGAUCAAGUCCAGUGUCGGGUGGCUCUGAGUCCGCAGCGCCAGACGCCUCCCACACUAGUUACCUAGCAUGCAUCUCUUUUUUACGACUUGUUGUCGCCACCCGCCACUGUACCCACUAACAACCAUCUCAACAACCAACCAACCAUCCGACAACAAUCUAUUGUUUUUCCAACAACAACCCCCUUCUCCCCCUCAAGCCCAAACUUUGGACAGUUCACGUUUUGCCCCUUUUCUCCAACCCCAACUCCUCCAACACAACCACUGGCUAAUAUUGGGCUGUGGGUAGGGAGUGUUUCAAGGGGUAUGAUGGGGGGUGUUGGGGUGUUUUCUUGGCCGCAUUGUGCAUUUGAUUCUUUGUCUUAUGUCACAUGAUGUUCCCUCUUCUUCCUCUUGUGAAUCUUCACUUGUGUUGGGUAACACUACACAGGAAAUACAGUAUGUAAAGUUUUAAGUCAAAUCUAUUAUUAUUAUGAUUAUUACUAUUACACAAUUGAAAUUGUA